AUGUCGGCGCCCAAGACGGACAUUGAGAAGAGGAAGCAGAUCUCGGUGCGCGGCAUCGCGCAGGUGGAGAAUGUGACGAACGUCAAGAAGACGUUCAAUCGGCACCUGCACUACACGCUGGUCAAGGACCGGAACGUGGCCACUCCCAGGGAUUACUACUUCGCCCUCGCCCACACCGUCAAGGACCACCUGACGUCGCGAUGGAUCCGCACGCAGCAGUACUACUACGAGAAGGACCCCAAGCGCGUCUACUACCUGUCCCUGGAGUACUACAUGGGUCGCUCCCUGCAGAACACCAUGAUCAACCUGGGCAUCCAGGGCGCCUGCGACGAGGCCAUGUACCAGGUCGGCCUGGACAUCGAGGAGCUGGAGGACCUGGAGGAGGACGCUGGCCUCGGCAACGGCGGUCUGGGCCGUCUGGCCGCCUGCUUCCUGGACUCCAUGGCCACCCUGGGCCUGGCCGCGUACGGCUACGGCAUCCGCUACGAGUACGGCAUCUUCGCGCAGAAGAUCAAGAACGGAGAGCAGACUGAGGAGCCCGAUGACUGGCUGCGGUUCGGCAACCCCUGGGAGAAGGCCCGCCCCGAGUACAUGCUGCCCGUCAACUUCUACGGACGCGUGGAGGACACCCCGCGCGGCAAGAAGUGGGUCGACACCCAGGUGGUGUUCGCCAUGCCCUACGACAACCCCAUCCCCGGCUACGGCAACAACGUCGUCAACACCCUGCGUCUGUGGUCUGCCAAGUCGCCCGUCGAGUUCAACCUCAAGUUCUUCAACGACGGAGACUACAUCCAGGCCGUGCUGGACCGCAACUUGGCUGAGAACAUCUCCAGGGUGCUGUACCCCAAUGACAACUUCUUCGAGGGCAAGGAGCUGCGUCUGAAGCAGGAGUACUUCAUGUGCGCCGCCACCCUCCAGGACAUCAUCCGGCGCUUCAAGUCCUCCAAGUUCGGCAGCAAGGAGGCUGUCCGCACCUCGUUCGACUCGUUCCCCGACAAGGUGGCCAUCCAGCUGAACGACACCCACCCGUCCCUGGCCAUCCCCGAGCUGAUGCGCAUCCUCAUGGACGUGGAGGGACUUCCCUGGGACAAGGCCUGGGACGUGACGGUCCGCACUUGCGCCUACACCAACCACACCGUGUUGCCCGAGGCCCUGGAGAGGUGGCCCACGUCCAUGCUGGAGAGCAUCCUGCCCAGGCACAUGCAGAUCAUCUACCACAUCAACCACCUCCAUCUCGAGAACAUCAGCAAGAAAUACCCCGGCGACUUUGACCGCAUUCGGCGGAUGUCCUUGAUUGAGGAGGAGGGCGAGAAGCGAGUCAACAUGGCUCAUCUUUCCAUUGUUGGAUCUCACGCUGUCAACGGUGUUGCAGCCAUCCACUCUGAGAUUCUGGUCAAGAGUGUGUUUAAGGACUUUGCGGAGAUGAACCCUGAGAAGUUCCAGAACAAGACCAACGGUAUCACUCCCCGCCGUUGGCUGCUGCUCUGCAACCCUGGUCUUGCUGAUCUCAUCGCUGAGAAAAUUGGUGAGGAAUGGACUGUCCACCUGGAGCAGCUCGCUCAGCUCAAGCCUCUCGCCAAGGAUCCCAACUUCCAGCGUGCUGUCAUGAAAGUAAAGCAGGAGAACAAGCUGAGACUGGCAGCCAUCCUGGAAAAGGAUUAUGGUGUCAAGAUCAAUGUUGCGUCCAUCUUCGACAUUCAGGUGAAACGUAUCCAUGAGUACAAACGCCAGCUUCUGAACUGCCUGCACAUCAUCACAUUGUACAACCGCAUCAAGCAGAACCCUCAGGCCAAGUUUGUCCCCAGAACUGUCAUGAUUGGUGGCAAGGCUGCUCCUGGUUAUUACAUGGCUAAGAGCAUAAUUCGCCUCAUUUGCGCUGUUGCCAAUGUUGUGAACAACGACCCCAUUGUGGGUGAUCGCCUCAAGGUUAUUUUCUUGGAAAACUACCGUGUCACUCUGGCUGAGCGCAUUAUCCCUGCUGCUGACCUUAGUGAACAGAUCUCUACUGCUGGUACUGAGGCAUCAGGCACUGGAAACAUGAAGUUCAUGUUGAACGGUGCCCUCACUGUGGGUACAUUGGAUGGAGCCAAUGUUGAGAUGGCUGAGGAGAUGGGCAAUGACAACAUCUUUAUCUUCGGUAUGACUGUCGAUGAAGUUGAGGCUCUGCAGAAGCGUGGAUACAAUGCCUAUGAUUACUACAACCGCAUUCCCGAGCUCCGACAGUGUGUGGAUCAAAUCCAGAAUGGUUUCUUCUCUCCUGGAAACCCAGACUCCUUCCGUGAUGUGGCAGAUGUUCUUCUGAAGUAUGACAGGUUCUAUCUGUUUGCUGAUUAUGAAGACUACAUUAAGUGCCAGGACAAGGUGGCUGAAUGUUACCAGAACCAGUCCAAGUGGGCUGAAAUGGCCAUCAUGAACAUUGCCUCAUCUGGCAAGUUCUCAAGUGACAGGACCAUCGCGGAGUAUGCGAGGGAAAUCUGGGGUUGUGAGCCAUCAUGGGAGAAGUUGCCUGCUCCUCAUGAACCACGAGAUGACGAAACCAAGUAGAGCAAGACUGCCAUCAAGUGUUCCUCGAUUAAUACUCAAGCACAAUGUCAGCAUAAAAUGUGGCAUGGCUUUAAGCCAGGCAAUUUCCAGUCAUUUCUUUUUGUCUUGUGCUAGAAAACUUUUAGUGCCAAAUUUGUGCCAUGUGAUCUUUUCCUAAUUUUAAAUUCAAUUUCAAACUUUUAUAUCAUGUCAUUGUAAUGACUUUUACUCUUGGCUAUGAACUCCAUUUACUGCCAAAAGUAACUUGUCCAAGUUUGAAUUUGUAUGCUUGCAUUAAGAGUGCCAUUAGAAAGUCAAUUUCAAUUUGUAUGUACAUAUACUGUUAAAUGAUCAUCACAUAUAUAUUGUUUGGUUUAUAUUUUAAGUGUUACAAUGUUUCAAAAUGUGCUCAGCACAAAUUAAUUUAUCUGUUUUAUAACUGUUAAAUAUUUUAAAUUGUGCCAUAUUGUUCCAGACAUGUUAACUGCUCGGAAAAGUGCUCGUUGUUAGAAAGUCUGCUGCUUUUCCUUGUUUUAGGGAUAAUGCAUGUAGAAUUUGGAGGACUGCCAUCGUUUGCCCUGCAUUAUUUUCCAUUUUAAAGUUUAUUUUUUAUAAGCAUGGCUAUGAGGGCCCUGGUGUCCAUCAUUAUCAGGGAGUUUGUCAUGUUUCAACUAGUCUUUUUAAAUAAACAUCUUUUGAUUUCUUUA